CAUUCCGCUCACAGAUCAUGUGCACGUAAACAAAAGGACUAUCCUUGUUCACCCUCUUCCUGCUCCUCCCCCUGUUCAAAAAGAAUUUGCUCGCUAAUCCUCCACUUAAGUAAUUGGUAUGCAAUGAGAAAACUCAGUCUUAAGGUGUGGUAACUUCAGGAAUUCAUCCUUCCACAUUUGUCCGAUUUAUAUGAUUCAAAUGUAUGGCUGGGAUACAGAUGGAAGGAGAGCAGAGCCCUCCAGCCAAGAACCAUGGCCGUUGCAUUGUGGCCUGCAUUUUUGCUCUUUAUUGGUCACUCCUUCCAACUUGGAAUCCUGCUUCCUCCACAAAACGUGGCACUAAUUUCGGAGAACUUCUACACUUCCUUGACAUGGCACCAGUCUCCAGACUCAACCAACAGCACUCAGUAUGAGGUGGAGAAAAGUAAUGGUAACAGGUCUUAUCCUGACUGGAUCAAAGAGCCGUCCUGCAAAAUAAGGAAUCUCGGAGGAAACCGAAGCUGCCAGCUUCAUCUGCCAGACUUGUUCAGUUUUUACCAAGCCAGGGUGAGAGCCCAGGAUGGAGGCAGGUCCUCAAACUGGACCUAUUCAAAUGGGCUGCAGCUGUACAAAGACACUGUCGUUGGCCCCCUCAUUCUCUCUCUGGCUGCUGCAGAUCGUAGCAUUACUGUAUCCAUCUCUAUGCCCCAGAUGCCACUGGAGGAAAAUGACUCAUUGGUUUUCACAUCCCUUCUAAAGAUCCUGAUCAUCCUCAGUAGUGAAGGGGGAGAUUUCCAGAACGUAAUGUUGUGUGAAGAUGAAUUGAACAGCUGUUGGAUGGAUAGCAAACAAAGAAGAAGAAACAUAACAAAACACACCUUUGAGAAUGUGAAGCCAAAUACCAAUUAUUGUGUCAAAGCAGAAGUUGCAAACCAGCCAACCAGGGAAGCUGUGCAGUGUAUUAAAACGCCAGCUAGCUCAACAGGUGACUACUGGACCCUUUCUGUUAUAGUGUUGGCCUCUGUUUUUGGACUCAUCCUGUUGAGCGGGGUUGGAAAGACUUUCCUUAAGCAGUACAUGCAAUUGAGCACCUCAGAAACGAAUCUACCCAAAUCCCUGGUUUUUCUGAACAGGAAUUCAUCUGCUCUGAUACCUGCACUUCACUUGGAAGCUGAUUCCGUAGUUUUCAUCUCAACUACUGUGCAGCUGCCCUCGGAAGAUGGUCUGCCAACAGAGCAGGAAAACCCCCAGUUCCAACUGAUUCCAGGCAGUUUAGGUGCCCCGGGAUCAAGUGACUAUUGUCCAAAUGGUUUUGAUAAGGGCAAUGAGGACCCCUCUUGCUUGUCAGUUGCUGUUGUAGACUCCCUCUCAUCAGGAGGCCUGGUGAAGGAAGAUUAUUCAGAUGAUGAGGACUACAGAAGUGCUCUGGAGCUCUUGGAAUCUUCUGAACACCCAUUGCCAUCACCUGGAGGAUUUCAUUUUGGUGGCUUGGAGACAGUCUCUUGGGAAUGCAGAACUAGCUAUAAAAGUGGCCAAGUGAGAUGGCUGCCUUCAUCUGGGGCUGAUAUUCCCCUCAGCUCUUUGAAGUUGCAGGCUCAUCUAGACACACAAGGCCUUGUGUACAGUCCAGGACCUUUUGAUAUAGUGAAAAGCUGUGAUGCUUACCCAGAGGCCCCAUCCAAGCAGGUCGCUGAGUUACAGGUGUACUGGGAUCAGAGCAGUUUCUUAGAAGAUGCAAAGCUUCGUAGCAGCUCUAGCCUGGAAGCCAAAGACACAAUGGCAACGAGUUUCCCUGGCUAUGAACUCCACCAACCCAUCCUUUUCUGUGAACCAUAGUUUUUUUAUGUGUCACAUAAGCAACCGGGAAAUGCAGAAACCCCAGCUGCUGUCUCACCCUGCAGGAGAAGGUGGGAGCUGAGGAAGAAAGAGCGAGGUCUGUCCUGACGGGUCUUCAAAAGGGUUACUGGCCUCUCUUUCCCUCUCCUCCCACUAUAUCCCAAUAUAUUUUGCUUCCUGACAUGCACACUUCCUCCCCUCUUCCAGCUCACCACCACACCCUGAUCCCUGGCAACUGAUGCCUGAAAUGGCUCUCACUCAGCCUGAGGGUUAGGACAGGCCCUGAGGAUGGUGAGACAGCAAACUGACUCAUGAAUUUACCUAAUCCAAAUGUAGCCAUCUAACUGGAGUGCACAAAGGAGAGCCAGAAAAUUGUAAGAAGGAGUAAUGGUAGAACUCCUCCUUCUCAUGUGCCUCAUGUGUGUUAACCCUUACGUACUACCAAGUCCUCAAGGAUACUCCAAACUAGGAGGUUUGGGUAUUAUUGUAUUUGAAAAUUCAUUGUUCGAU